GUAAAAUAAAAAGCAAACAGAGUAAAGGUUGUUUCAUGACUAAACUUGAGGACAUGGGCUUUAUAAUUCAGUCCAGUUUGGGGAAAGAGAAACAGCAGCAGUCUGGAAAGGUUCCUCAAACAAGACCAUGGAAAGGAACAUCAUAUAUUUGUGGAUUUGUGCUUUUGCACUAGUUCAUGGACAUCAAGAGACUUCACCUCAACCUUUCAUCAGUGAUAAAAUCCCAUCAUUGAUAAAGAUGAACAAUGAUUUUGCUUUUCACCUGUACAAGAGAAUUGUAGAAAUGCCGGAGUAUCAGUCCAAGAACAUCUUCUUCUCUCCUUUCAGUGUGUCCAUGGCCCUUUCUGAGCUGUCUUUAGGAGCCGGUGGUGAAACCAAAGAACAGCUUCUCAGUGGCAUCGGCCAUAACAGCUCGGUCUUCAGCACUGAAGAAAUGCACCAGAUGUUCCACAGUCUCCUGGAAGAAAUCGACCAGAGGACAGGGGUGGACAUCGAUGUCGGCACUGCUCUAUAUGCAAGCGACAAAUUAAAGCUCCUUCCUGAGUUCUUGAAGGAGAUAAAGGAGUUUUACCACUCUGACGGAUUCACUGUGGAUUUCAGCGUCAAAGAAACACUAGAUAAAAUUAACACGUAUGUGAAGGAAAAAACUCAUGGGAAAAUAGACCAAGCUGUUGAUGAUCUGGAAUCUGACACUUUGAUGUUUCUUCUCACUUACAUAUAUUUUAAAGGAAAAUGGGACAUGCCUUUUGACCCAAGCAGCACCCAUCAAAGUAUAUUUCAUGUAAACGCUGAGACCACCGUUCCAGUACAAAUGAUGCACCAGUACAAAUCCCUCAAAGUUUAUUAUGAUGUCGAACUCUCUUCUAAAGUCCUCUGUCUAGACUACAACGACUCUUUCUCCAUGUUUCUGGCUGUACCAGAUGCUGGCAGGUCAGGUAAGACCAUCAAAGAUCUGGAGAUGGCCAUCUCUAGACAGCACAUUGAAAAGUGGAGGACAUCUGUUAGAAAAAGCGAAACUGACAUCUAUGUCCCCAAGCUCUCUCUGAAAACAUCAUAUUCCCUGAAAGAUAUUUUAAUAGGAAUGGGAAUGGCUGAUAUGUUUACAUAUCAAGCCAACUUCACAGGAAUUUCAGAGGAAAAGAUGCUAAUUUCAAAGGUUUUGCAUAAGGCCAGUCUGGAUAUAGAUGAGAAAGGAACCACUGCAGCAGCAGUGACAACGGUUGAGUUCAGACCUAAGUCCUUCAGCCCAAUGGAUACUUUGAAUUUUGACCGUCCAUUCAUGAUCUUCAUCACUGACCAAAAAAAUGACAACAUCCUCUUCUUUGGAAAAGUUGCCAAUCCAGCAGAAAAACAGUAAUGUGACAUUUAAGAUGUCAUGACAUCGUUAGCCAGCAGGUGGCCGCGAUUUAAUCAACGGUUGCAUCAUUAUAUUUCUAUUAAUAUAGGACAGGGAUACUCGAUUCUUCUUCUAAAGGUCUUCAACCCUGGUCUUGGAGACCUAGCAUUUCUGUUUCAUCUGAUGAAUGUAUACUUGUCUGCCAAUUGGCAACCGUAACUUCUUAACUUGAAAAAAAAAAAAAAAUCUAGUUUAAAAAUCUUUAAAACAUUAAUUAGGUAUUACAACCUAUGUCUUACAAUUACUUUCAUACUCCAGUUGGUGUAGAAAUGAAAAUCUGUGUCUGUUGAUUGGAUUGGCCAGCUCUGGAUAGAAAUAGAGCUCAUUAGUGAAAUAAACAAAAAAGUACAAUAAUUCCUAAACUGUGAUUCUAAAGGGCUCUCCUGAAUAAUCUCAGCUGGUCUCAAUUUGUAAUCAUGCGUAUACAAACAGGAUGAUUUGCUGAUUGAAGAAAGCUUUGAGCUAAACUUCUGCCCACUGGUCUUUAUUUUAAUUCAUUGCAUUUUUCGUUUUAAAUGUUAAUCAAGAAGUAAUACAAAUAAAUAUUUUGCAUAAA